CUCAUAAGGUGGCAACACUGGUUUAUAUCGGCCACAGGUAUUGAGCCUCGAGACAGAAACGAUACGAAACAUAAAUCCGAAGACACCAACGCGAGCGGGGAGGGUUGAGUGAUCGCCGUCUUCGCCACUCAGGUCAGGAUUAGGAUUCCGCAAGGAAGAAACCACAAGUGAGACACCUAAAGGCCAUUUACGGCCCCACUGGGAGCAGUGAGACGAACUACAAGAACACACCUUGGCAGGGCGAUGCGUUAGAGUUGCUUCCAGGAACCAGUGUAUAAACGGUUUCCGAGAACUGCCACUAACACAGAAGCAACAGCCAGCCAGCCAGCGAGCCAGCCAGCGAGCUAGCAGCAAGGUGUGCGUGUUGUGUGUCGUGUAAGAAAGAGUGCGAGUGCCAGUGGAAAGAGAGAGAGAGAGAGUACCCACAUCAAAAUAAAGUGCCACUGGGAAGCGGGCUAAAAGGGCAGCCAAAGCAAAACCCGUACCCAAACCCAGUGGAGUAGCCAUGGGACCGCAGGUAGUUGAGCUAGUUGUGGCCCUUUUGCCGCUGCUCCUGCUCCAUGACGUCCUGGCCAAUGCCGAACCCGGCUGGCUGGAGCCCGUCAAGGUGGAGCAGCUCAUCGGGUCAGACUUCAACAUUAGCUGCACCAUCAAUCAGACGUACCUGCGCGAGAUGAACAUCUCCAGUGAGGAGUGCUCCGUAAAGAAGCUGUUUUUCGAGUCCAAGUCGGUGAAGUACCGGAACAUCCCGGACAUCCGCCAGAUCAACGACACGACCAUCUUGUUCAGCGCCCGGAACGCAUCGGAGCAGGAUCAGGACUACUCGUGCAUGUGCGGCGAGUAUGUGAUCAACACAUCGAAAGUCUACGUGGGAACACCGCCCAUGCCGAUCAAGGACUUUGGCUGCGUGGCCUACGAUUUUGAGUACAUGGUGUGCAACUUUACGGAGCCGCAUAACCGGAUAAUCACCAGGUACAAUGUUACCUUCACCAUCGAGAAGGACGCCCACUACAUCUAUCCGGUGGAGUGCAACUUUGAUGCCGCUCCGGUGGUCACCUGCAACAUCACCAACGAGCUGUACAAGCGCUUCAACGACUUCUACUACUUCCGACUGGACAUGUUCAACGCCCUCGGCCAGGACGUCCAGGAGAUCACGGUCAAUCACUACGAGCGUUCGGUGCCGGCUCGUCCCGGCCAAAAUAUAUCCAAGGUCAACCUGACGGAGAGCUCCAUUUGCCUGUCGUGGGAUGUGCCGCGUCGCACCACCUAUCUCCGGGGCUUGGCCUGGCUGGUGCACGUCGCCCCCCAAAAUUUCAGUCCCCUCCAGCGUAGCUAUUGGCGCAACAACACCACCACCAUCAAGGACAUCCUCUGUCUCACAGAACUCCCCUUCGCCGGCUACAACUACACACUGCACCUGCAGGUGCGCAUCAAUCUCAACAACACCAUGUGGAGUGAGCCGCUUGUCUAUCAGUUCGCCACGGCGCCGGCUCGUCCGCGUCGUCCGCCGCGCGUCACCUACGGCAGCUUCUAUGUCUACUCCUCGGAGACGAAUCUGAGCUUCUACUGGGAGCCGCUGGAGCCCCAGGAGCUGAACGGACCGGACUUUCGAUAUGUCAUCAGCGAGUUUCGCAUCAAUGGGAGUUUAAUGGACCCCAAUCUCAUCCAGGUCUUCUCCAACUCCGCCCUGAUCGAAGGAUGGAAACAGAACGCCCACUACGAAAUCCUUAUUCGCAGCAGCAACAGCAUGGGCGUGUCGGUGAACGCCACCCGGAUGUCGAUAGGACCCAUUAGUGCCGAGGACUUCCGCUUCCGUGUGCCCAAGAACAUCCGCAGCGUCUACCACUCGAGCAACAACAGCUACACCCUCAGCUGGGAGCCGCCAGAGGACCUCCACGAACUCACCAACUACACCGUGUUCUGGUGUGUACCGAAGCCGGGCCUGCUGUCGGAGUGCGAGGGAUCGAUACGGUUCGCUGAGGUGGCCUACGACCAGCAGCUGUUCACCACGGCCAAGAACCAGCUGCCGACGCUUCACAUGGCCGUGUCGGCCAACUACCGCACCCACAACACGGGCCUGCGCUGGCUGAUCUGCAGCAGCGACAAGAAGGACGACCUCGUCAAGUUGGAGCCGUCGAUCGACGCGGCCAGCAACUCCAGCCUGACCGUCAAGUGGAGCACCCAGCGCGUCUGUCCGGUGAUCCUGUCGGGCUACAACCUCACCUACUGCCAGCGCUCUACUGGCCGGCCGGACAACUGCACCACCGAAGUGAUCCACGAUCGUGACGCCAGGCAGUACAUUAUUCGCGACCUGGUCCCCUACACGGACUACAGCGUCAAGAUGCUCAUGUUCUCGGAGUCGCGGGCCAGCAAGUACAGUGACGAGCUGGUGAACCGGACCGGUGAGGCUGCUCCCAGCCAGCCCCGCGAACUGCACGUUCUGCGCGUCGACAGCUCCAGUGUGCGACUGGCGUGGAAGCCGCCGCUACGGGCCAACGGUGUGGUGCGCACCUACGAGGGCACCUUCCGCUCCCUGGAGUCGGACUACAGUCUGGUUGAAGACUUUCGGGUGGCGGCAUCAGCCGGCGAGCUGGUCGACAAGGAGAAGUUCAUUGCCUUUACGCUGGCCAACCUGACGGCCUUUACGCGGUACGAGGUGACCCUACGGGCCAAGACGCUGUAUCCCUCAGAGCCCAGUAAUCUGGUGGAGUUUGUCACAGCCAUUGGAGUCCCCUCACCUCCAUCAUUAUUUGUGAGCAACAACAAGGAUCAGACCUCGCGUCUGGACUGGAGUCGACCCAGAAUACCAGCAGGGCGCAUCGACUACUAUGAGAUCUCGUUGCGCGACAACAACGAGAGCUGCCUGAUGAGCCUGAUCCUGUCAGGCAAGAAUCGUUCCUAUGUGAUGCCCACACCCCGUUGCACCAGCCACAAUCCCUUCCAGCUGGCGGUGCGUGCCAUCAAUGUGGAGCAGCUGCCUUCUCAUCAGCAACAGGAGCUGGAGGCUGGACUAGAAGCCACCACCUUGAUGGCUGGACUGUCGUUUAUGGGCCAGGGACAGAGCUUGCAGAGCUGUGAUCCGCGGACGGAUGCACUGGUCGAGGAGGAGCUAGAGCGGUACUCGGAGUACCGCGCGAAUGCCAGUGCCUACCGAUUGCACAGCUCGGAGUGGGGCACCUACGGAUUCAUUUGUACGCCCGAUACCCAGAGCCUGAAGGCCAUGUACCAGACCAUCGAGGUGUGCGUGGCCAUCCUGGUGCUGGGCGUCAUCUUCUAUCUGGUCUACAAGAAGUACCGUAAGAUGUCGGACAUAGGUCUGGUGCUGCCACCGGGUAUUAUGGAGACACUGAAGAAGAACGAGAUGGGUGGUCUGGGCCAGAGCAUGACUCCCGACAUCUCUAGCGGCGGCAUCGUCUGCACCAUGGUGGGUGACUCGCCGCAGUACACAUCCCAGGACCUGCCCCACGACUUUGGCAGCUGCGGCAGCGAGAGCUCGAAGCUGCUGCGACGCACCGGUUCCUCGUCGGGCGGCGGUGGUUGCGCCGAUCGCGACAUCUACGUCGACCACCCGGAAUCAGGACCCAUAAGUGGCGCAGCCCCCCCGGCGAGCUAUGUAGCGAUGCGGCACGGCCUCCUCCUGCAGGAGCGGGAACGGGAACGGGAACAGGAGCGUGAGCGGGAACGGGAAAGAGAGCGCGAGCAGGAGCGGGCGCGGGAACUGCAACAGCAGCAGAGCGAAACGGAACCGGAAAAGCAUCGGGAACAGGGAGGCGCCGGCAAUGGAUAUAUCAAGCCCACACAGAUGAAGAACUGGGCGGGCAAUGGACAAUUCCCAGCCAACCCGAUGCCGAUGCCCAUGCCCAUGGUUGCGCCCCGUGUCCCCAUCAGCGGCUACGUACCUGUGCCCAUUCAGCAGUCCCGGCCCAGCCCAGCUAUGGCCUCGAUGCCGUCCGCCGGCCUUGCCCCCGCCCCCGGUCCUGGCCCCGCAUCAGUUCCAGCUCCAGGCUUUGGCACUGCUCCGAAUCUGGCGCCUGCCCCGGCCCAGUCCACCGCCGCAGCUACUGCCACGGCUGCCUCCACAUUCUUUCCACCGGCCCACCUGCUUACGGACAACUACGUGCAGGCCUCGGAUCUGCACAAGCUGAAACCCCUCGCCCCAGCCUCAACAGCCGGCGGUGGUGGUGCCAACGCUGGACCAGCAACAGUUGCAGGAUCCCUGCCACCGGUCGCGCCACUGCGUCAGUUGCCGCCAGUGAUGCCUGCUGGGCCGCCCAAACUGCCCGCCGACAUCGGAUACACCACGAUGGAGCAGCUGCAGCUGACGGGGCUGAUGAAGUCGCCGUUGCCCCAUGCGAUGGGCUCGCCGUCGCAUACUGCCGGCGAUGCGACAGUGGGUGGCGGCAAUCCGGGCUCUGUGCCCGGACAACACUCUCGCCUCCAGCCGCAGAUCAACGGCUAUGUGACGCCCCAGGACCUCAACGCCCUGGCACACAACCGGCAUGUCCUCUAAGUUAACAGAGCAUCCCCUCAUCGCAACGUGUGCGAUGCCAUCCCUGGCAACCAUCGCAUCCAUCCAAUCAGCGCAAUCCCAUGCUCUCUCAUCCAAAACAUCUGCAUAACACUUACUCUAAGCCACGCCAUCGGAUCAUCCGCAACCGCAAUCGCAUCCACAUUCGUAUCUGUAUCUGUAUCUGAAUCCGUAUCCGUAUCCGAAUCCCGGGCAGCUCUGUUUUUCUUUAUAAGUAAUUAGUUGCAAAACCCCAUCGUUCAUAAUUUAUUUUGUAUUUCGAGGCGAGGCGUGCACGAGACCCGAGGCACAUCAGACGAAGUAUUUGUAACUCUGUAGUAUUUUUUUAAUAUAUAUUCUUAUUUGUACACUUAACAACUGAAACUAUAUCCGCGUGUCCGCGAGAAUGCAAACAAAAAGAAAAGGUCGAGCUUAUUAUAUUAUGGAUAAAAGUAAUUUUAAUAAUAAUGAUAUAUCCUAUGUAAAUCAUACACAAAUGUUGUAUGUGUAAUUUUAAA